UGGGCCGCACCAUGAAGGAGGACCUGGAGGCCGUGGUGGAGCGGCUGAAGCCGCUGUUCCCCGCCGAGUUCGGCGUCGUGGCGACCUACGCCGAGAGCUACCACCGGCACUUCGCGGACCAGCUGGCCGCCAUGGCGCAGUUCGAGCUGUGCGAUCGCGACACCUACAUGCUGCUGGUCUGGGUGCAGAACCUCUACCCCAAUGACAUAAUCAAAAGCCCCAAGCUGGCAGGUGAGCUGCAGGGUCUGGGGCUCGGGAGCCUCCUGUCCACCAGGCAGAUCCGACUGCUGGAGGCCACGUUCCUGUCCAACGAGGUGGCCAGCGCCAGGGAGCUGAUGGCCCGCGCCCUGGAGCUGGAGUCACAGCGCUGGGCCCAGGACGUGGCCCCCCAGAGGCUGGAUGGCCACUGCCACAGUGAGCUGGCCAUCGACAUCAUCCAGAUCCUUUCUCAGAGCCAGGCCAAGGCCGAGAGCAUCACCCUCGACUUGGGGGCACAGAUCAAGCAACUGUUGCUGGUGGAGCUGGCCACGUUCCUCAGGAGCUACCAGCACACCUUCAAUGACUUUCUGGAGAGAUGCAGACAGCUGAGAAAUUUCAGGGCCAAUGUCAUCGCCAACAUCAACAAUUGCCUGUCAUUUCGGACAUCCAUGGAGCAGAGGUGGCAGGUACCCCAGGACCCUCUGAGCCUUCUGCUGGGUCCGCUGAGUGAGCUUAAGAGCCAUGGCUUUGACGUCCUCCUCCAGAGCCUCUUCAUGGACUUGAAGCCGCUGUUCAAGAGGUUCACACAGACCCGCUGGGCGGCCCCCACGGAGACCCUGGAGGAAAUCAUCGCCACCGUGGGCGGAAGGCUGCCUGAGUUCUCAGAACUGCAGGACUGUUUCCGGGAGGAGCUCAUGGAGGCUGUGCACCUGCACCUGGUGAAGGAGUACAUCAUCCGUCUCAGCAAGCGGCGCUUGGUCCUCAAGACACCAGAGCAGCAGCAGCAGCUGGCCAGGCACGUUCUGGCCAACGCCGACGUCAUCCAGUGCUUCUGCAUCCAGCAUGGCUCCCCGGCAACUUGGCUGCAGCCUGCCCUCCCCACACUCGCUGAGAUUAUCCGCCUGCAAGACCCCAGUGCCAUCAAGAUCGAAGUGGCCACUUACACCACCUGCUACCCCGACUUCAGCAAAGGCCAUCUGAGCGCCAUCCUGGCCAUCAAAGGGAACCUCUCGAGCAGUGAUGUCAGGAGCAUCCGAAGCAUCCUGGACGUCAACACAGGGGUGCAGGAGCCCUCCAGGUCCCUCUUUGCCCUUAUAAAGGUUGGUUAGCUUUUCCUGCACCUGACCUGCUAUGAGUGCCCAGCGAGCAUCAGGCACCGCCC